AUGGACUCAGAUUCUGAUUCACCUUUUAAUUAUUCUUGGCCUUCCUUACCUAAAAUGAGGAUUCGAAGAAGGGGAACCAAGCAAGAGCAACGACAUUCUACACUUGAUGUCCUCAAGAAAUCCCCAAAUCCACCUACCUUCUUUGCUGCAGCCACACUUACUACCAUGCUGAAUGGAAGUGAUGAAGUGUAUGCAAAUUGCAUGGUAGUGGAUCAAGUUGGAGAUUUGGAUGUUAACUACAUUAACGUAGACAGUGUCACCACUGAAACAAGCACAGAUCAAACCCACUCAACCCUGACACCCAAGAGCUCAUCAUCUGCCUCACUUAAGGAAAGCAACCAAUAUAUUUAUGCAGAAAAUGAAGAUAACCAAAUGGCAAUGAGUAACUUAGACAAUAUAGGCUCACAGCCUUUCACUUCACCUUCAAAUCUGUAUGCAGCAGGUUCAUAUCUACCACUCAAGUCUCGUGGGUUUAAUAAGGAACGAAGUCAACUAUAUGCUGACAUGAAAAAAAGAAGUUCUAGUCUUGAUGACCUUGAAGUAGACAGUGGAAGUGAAGGGAUUUCUGACAGAUCCCAUAUUCGCUACCCUUCCCUCAAUUCUUCAGUGACCUUAGCUGGCAGCAGGCAUGAAUUAGAUUCUUCUGAGACAAGCACUGAUCUGGAUUAUAGCAUCCACAGGAUGGACUCUAACAAUCUGCAGUCAAAGGAAUCAUUACUUUCUGGAAUCCGGUCACGCUCUUACUCAUGUUCUUCACCCAAAGUUUUAUUAGGGAAAUCUCGCUUUGCACGUGACUUCACAGUUUGUGAUUCAAAUGAAGAUGGUGUGUUCAUGAACAGUGGUCGAUCCCUUCUCCAGGCUAUUUCACUCUCUAAAUCAAUGUCUCUGCUCCAUCCCUGUAAACAACGAGCAUACAGCUUGCCAGAGCAAUUGAAGGAAAAAAGGAUUCAGGAGGAGGAAUGGGAUAAGUAUAUUAUACCUACAAAAUCAGAGUCGGAAAAAUAUAAAGUGAGUCGUACUUUCAGCUUCCUGAUGAACAGAAUGACUAGUACACGAAAUAAGUGCAAGACAAAGAAUAAGGAUGCCAAAGACAAACUGAACAGACAUCAGUUUAUAACUGGGAACUUCUCAGGCAGUAUCCCGUGUAUGGCAUGCGACAAAGCCCUCGUAGGGAAAGAGUCACUGCAGUGCUCUUAUUGCAAUGCAAUUGUGCAUAAAAACUGUAAGGAUUGUGCUCCUGCAUGUACAAAGAAAUUCCAAGAGAGAUAUCAUAUUAAGACCAGACCACAAGCUGCCCUAACAAAUUCAUCAUUUAGAGAUAUUCCUCAACCCAUGUUCUCCUCAAUGCAUCCAUCUUCCUCAAUGCCUGUUGGACUUUCUGCUGUAAGGAAAGAAGUCUCACAGCAACCUCACUCUUUAUCCAAAAGUGUUCCGAGUGCCAGUUUUGAAAGAAGAUCUAUGCCAUCGUCAGACCAAGACACUGAUAGUAGCAGCUGGACGUCCAGCUCACAGUCUGAAACGCUGCUACAAUCUAUAGGGACCCUUCCAUCAAUGGAUUCUUUUGUAAUGGAAGAUGAUGUGGAUGCCUCCCUGUGGACUGACCUCAGCACAGAGGCACAGGAGUUUGAGGCAGAAUCUUGGAGUCUUGUUGUGGAUCCGGCAUUUUGUAGCAAGCAAGAAAAGGAUGUUAUCAAAAGGCAGGAUGUAAUUUUUGAGCUGAUGCAAACAGAAGUGCAUCACAUCCACACCCUCUUCAUUAUGUCUGAAAUAUUCAGGAAAGGAAUGAAAGAAGAAUUGCAACUAGAUCACAGCACUGUAGACAAAAUAUUUCCCUGCUUAGAUGAAUUGCUAGAGAUUCACAGGCAAUUCUUCUGCACUAUGAAAGAGAGAAGACAGGAAUCGUGUGAGGGGGGAAAUGAGAGAAAUUUUGUAAUCAACAGAAUUGGAGACAUCCUUGUGGAGCAGUUUUCAGAGGAAAAUGCCAAUAAAAUGAAGAAAAUAUAUGGAGAAUUUUGUAGUCAUCAAAAAGAAGCUGUUAAUCUCUUUAAAGAGCUGCAACAAAACAAGAAGUUCCAGAAUUUUAUUAAACUGCGAAAUAGCAAUCUUUUGGCUCGACGUCGAGGAAUCCCAGAAUGCAUUCUGCUUGUCACUCAGCGCAUCACAAAAUACCCAGUUCUGGUAGAAAGGAUACUACAAUACUCAAAAGAAGGAACAGAAGAGCAUAAAGACUUAUGCAAAGCCCAUUGCCUGAUUAAGGACAUGAUUGCAGCAGUAGACUUGAAAGUCAAUGAAUAUGAGAAAAGGCAAAAAUUGCUGGAGAUUCUCAAUAAGAUUGAAAACAAAACUUAUACCAAACUGAAAAAUGGCCAUGUUUUCAGGAAGCAGGACUUGAAAAAGAAAGAGAGGACACUUUUGCAUGAAGGUUUGGUGUAUUGGAAAACUGCUACUGGACGUUUCAAAGACAGUUUAGCCCUGCUUCUAACUGAUGUGCUGCUCUUUUUACAAGAAAAAGACCAAAAAUAUAUAUUUGCAGCUGUUGACCAGAAGCCUUCAGUUAUAUCCCUUCAGAAGCUGAUAGUAAGAGAGGUAGCCAAUGAAGAAAGAGGGAUGUUUCUGAUUAGUGCUUCAUCUGCAGGGCCUGAGAUGUAUGAGAUUCAUACAAAUUCUAAAGAAGAACGCAAUAACUGGAUGAGGCAGAUUCAAGAUGCAGUGGAAAGUUGCCCGGAGGAAGAAGGAAAAAUUAGCGAAUCUGAUGAGGAUAGACGGAUAGUUGAGGCCAAAGCAGCCAAGAUUCAAAAAUGUCAAGAAUCUCUGAGUAACCAGGACCAGCAGAUCUGCAGUUAUUUGGAAGAUAAGCUGCAUAUCUACGCAGAGCUUGGAGAUAUGAGUGGAUUUGAGGAUGUCCAUGUGGAACCACAUCUCCUUAUCAAACCUGACUCUGGAGAAAUGCCACAGGCUUCCUCAUUGUUGGCAGCAGCACUCAGGGAAGCUGAAAGCCUCCAUGUUGCUGUAACAUCAUCACAAGCAAAUGACACAAACAGGUCAUCAGAGGAGAGUACUGGAGAACCAAGCUUGACACACACACUUAGUGCGAAUGAAAUAUUUGAAUCUCCUACUCUUACAGAAAUAAAAGGAGAUGAAGAAUCUUGUGACUUCAGUCCCAGGAUUUGUCAUGCCGUGAAUGAAGUGGCAGGCUCUCUGAUGGGGGAUAAGGUUGAAUGCAUGAAUUUCUCAGGUUCCACACCGACAGAGAUUGUACAAGCAAUCCAGAAUUUAACCCGCCUCUUGUACAGCAUACAGGCAGCCUUAACCAUCCAGGACAGUCACGUGGAGAUCCAUAAGAUACUGCUGCACGAGCAUGAAAGGACCAGUCGGGGUCACAGUUCUCGUGGAAACCUACUGCUAGACCAGGAAAAAUACCGAAAUUUGGAAAAACAAAGGGAAGAACUGGCAAAUAUACACAAACUUCAGCAACAGUUUCAACAGGAGCAGCAGCGUUGGUCCCGCGAGUGUGACCAGCAGCAACGGGAGCAGGAGAUAAGAGAGAAUCAGCUGCAGGAGAGGGAGAGAGAUUGCCUGUGUCAGGAAGAGCUUCUUCACCGGAACCGGGGAGAACUGGAGCUUCAGCUGCAAGAGUUCCAGCAGAACCUGGAAAGGCUUAGGGAGGGCCAGAGGAUGGUGGAAAAGGAAAGAGACAACGUGAAGAUGCAACAAAAGAUAUUGUGGCACUGGAAACACGGCCGCCAGAGCAGUCUGCCUGCAGCAUUUCCAUCUUCAGGGAGCAAUGAGAUAAUAGGACAUAAUCAAUCGGAGAGUUUAUAUGCUGAAAAUUCAUUCUUCAUAAAUGAAGCUUUAGUACAGAUGUCGCUAAACAGUCUCAACAGAUCAAAUCCAUCUCUAGUGUACCAGGAUGGUGUAUAUGGGAUAAACAUCACCAGUUCAGAUAUAACCAGGACUAGUGAAAAUCAACCAGCAGUCACCAAUGAACUCUGGAAAUCUACUGCUCCCUGCCAUCAGGUAUCCUCCUCCUGCAAAAGCAACAAGGAUGCUUGUAAUAAUGAUUUAACUGCAUCCCAGAUCCGGUGUCCAAGAACGCACAGUCUGAAUCCCGGCUGCACCCAGGCCCAGCCGCUUGCUGAUGUUCUGCUGGUGAACCCGCAGUCUCACAGCUCGCAGGAUGCAGAAAACGGAGCAAAAGUUGAAGAAAAUAUUGUUUACCUCUGA